CUACUCCUAUUAAUUAAAGAUGGCGACAGCACAGCAGGAUAGUUUGGAGUACGUUUCUGUUGUUCUCAGAGUUAAGAGAAAGAGAACCAGUGCAGAAGAUGGACCACCUGAUGCUCUAGUAGUUGCUAGUAAGAGUAUGAAACUGGAACAGACCGAAGAGGCUUCUAACAGUUUAGAAAAUAGUGGUGUGUUCCAUUGGUGUGGUACUUACAAUGGAGAUAUAGAGAAGGAAAGUACUAAAAGCGAUAAACCAUUAUUGGAUAUUGUUAGUAAAUUCAAUAAAAAAAGACCAAUCAAUUCUAAAAUCAGCCCGUUUCAUAAACUGACCAUUUCUGACAGUAAAGAGCAAGCAAAAGUUGAGAAAAAGAAGUCUUCAGCUGCUAAUCGGUUUAAACUGCUAUCAUCAAGACGCUGUUUAAGUGACAGCAGGAAUGAAGAGAAAGUGAGUGAGGGAGACAGACCACUCCAUCUUUAUGAAGUUGUCAUGGACCAAGACACUCAAUCAAAUUAUGAUCAUAUUUAUAGGGUAAAGGAAGAAAAUGGCUCAAAAAUGGAGGGAAUAAGUACUCCUGAAGCAGCUGCUAGUGUAGAAGAUAUAGGAGACAUUACUUGUAACUCAACUGUAUUGACAAGAGAAAAAAUAACAACCGACGAUAAUGAUGAUGAUGGUGAUUAUGUGUAUGAUGUUUAUAUGUCACGACAUUGCAAUAUGGAGGCAGUGAGCUCAUUUGAUUGGUCGACACUGUCAGUAUAUUCUCAUUCAUCAAUAUUAAUUCACGACAUCUUUGAAUCUGAUGAUGACAAGUUUGAAGAUGAAGACGACUCAAACGACGAGUCCAAUUGGCGUAAUGAUUAUCCUGAUGAAGAAGAUAGUGAGAGCAGCAGUGCCUGCUCUAAUUCUUCGGUUGAUUCUGAUAACAUUCAUCAUUCCCAGUACAGGCACAGGGAACCUUAUUACGACGAAUUAGAGUUCUUUGGUGAUUCAUCUGGUUAUUACGAUAAUGAUAAUUAUGAAGGGGGCGGAGCUGAUGAUUAUGACACGGACGACGAAGAAUAUGUUUAAUUACAAUUUUAUAUCAAUCAAUCAAUUCACUUAACUAAGUAAUUAACUAACUACUAUGGGCAAUACAUGUGUGUGCACUUAGAAUUUCUGCAAAAGAAUAUCUUUACAAUUCACUAAAA